AUGACCAUGCAGGUCUAUAGAGACCACAUCCUCGAGGCUGUGGUUGGUGGUUGGCUUCGCGAAGGCCAGUCGUUUGUUCUCGAGGAGGAUAAUGACUCUGGCCACGGUACAAGCAAGAGCAAUAUCGUACGCGCUUGGAAGGAACAGAACGGCUUGGAGUCUUUCUUCAACUGCGCUCAAUCCCCUGAUUUUUCUCCCAUUGAAAAGGCAUGGCAGGGGCCGAAGCAGUAUGUAAAGAAGAGGCCUUGCUGGGACGAUGAAAUCGUGAAGGAGCUAGCCGAAGAGGGCUGGGCAGCAGUUAAGCAAGAGACUAUCAAUGCCUGGGUUGACAACAUCCCUCAGAUCUUCAAGGAUUGCUUGGAACUAGAAGGCGCUAUGACUGGGAAUUAGUUUGCAAUUGAGAUCAUUCAGUUCGGCCAUGAUCUACUGAUGUUUCUGAUCAUUGAAUUCUGGGGUGACGCUUUUGGUGUGCCUUUUU